AUGCAGGCCUGCGACCGUUGCCACACCCGCAAGACGCGCUGCGACCGCCGCAUCCCCCAGUGCGGCGCGUGCGAGAAAGCCGGCGCCCCUUGCCUCCACGCUGACAAGCUGCGGCAGCGAAACCUGCCGCGCGGUUACCUCGACACCAUGGAGAGCAUGGCCCAGGAGCUGAAGGAGGAGAACAGGAGGCUUCGCCGCCUUCUCAACAACUCUCGAAAUUCCCAGCCCACCCCAGCCCCUGCGCCGACCCCUCAAGGGGCUAACCCGCCGCCGGACAUGCUGCCACCAUUUACAGGUGCUGCAGGUGUUGCUGCUCCGGCCAGCAGCCCCCAGAUGUCUCUCCCUUCCCAACAGGCUCAUUCCGAUGCAACAGCAACAAACACAAACACGCCAUCCAUGUCCGGGAGCAGCAAGGUCGACGACGUCUUCACUCUGGAAGUAGGCUAUCUCUCCCUCAUCGCCACCGGCGAGACGCGCUAUCUGGGCUCGAGCAGCGGGAUGGGGCUUGCCAGCAUCAUCAGCAGGGCCAUCAGCGCCCAGAGCGGCAUGUCCUUGUCGACGGACCACGGGCCUUCAGACGACCGCAGCUUCCGGCCCGUGCACAUCGCGCCAGCCGACGCCGCCUUCCCGUCACGCGGCGUCGCCGCACCUUUUAUCGACGCCUACUUCGAGCACACCCACGUCACCUUCCCGCUGCUGCAUCGGCCGAGCUUCAUGGCGACCGUGGACCGGAUCUACGGCGAGAUGGGGUACUAUGAGGACAACAUGUACGACGCCUUCGUGUUCGACAUGGUUUUGGCGAUCGGCAGCUCCAAUUUUAACCGGUUCGAGGGCGCGGCGACGGCGGGAGCCAGCACGUACUAUGCCAUGGCGCAGAGCAAGGUCCAGGCCGUCAUGAGCAUGGACGGCCUGUCGGUUCUGCGGGCCAUCCUGCUUAUUUCCCAGCACGGCAUCUUCAGCAGCCUCAGCGACACGAGCGCCAGCAAUUGGCAUCUGAUCGGCGUCGGUGCGCGACUGUGUUUCGAGCUGGGGCUGCACCUCGAGCACAGGCAGCUCAGCGGGCCGAAGAACUUUACCGAGACCGCCGGCACUAUCUCGUUGGAGGAGGAGAUGCGGCGAAGGUGUUUCUGGUGUUUGUACAACCUUGACAGAGUCGUCAGCUUCACCCUCGGCCGGCCCGUCAGCAUCCGCGACGAGGAGAUCGAUGUCCCGCUUCCGUCCCCUCUUGACGACGAGGACCUAUCCCCACACCGCCCUAUCCCCGUCGACAUCGCAUCGUCGUCGUCGUCCUCCUCCCCCUCCUCCACUUCCCCCUUCCUGCACGUCAUCCGCAUCCGGCGCAUCUCGGGCCAGAUCCUGAGUCUAUUCUACAACUCGCGACAGGGCAUCGCCUCGCCUAUAGCCAAGAAGCGGCAAAUCCGGCGGCAAUUCCACGACGCCAUCCACGCGUGGUACGAGGAUACCAAGCAUCUCCGGCUAUCAGCGUCUUCCUCUUCCUCUUCCUCCUCCUCCUCCUCCUCCUCCUCCCAGAAAGUCUACACGUCCAGCUUCCUGACGCCAGAGUGGUACAACGCCGUCUUCAACAACGCCAUCCUCCUCCUUUACAGGCCGAGUCCCUACAUGCCCCACCCAACCAUGGUGGCUGGACCCCACGACGACGGCGAACCGGAUCUGAUGAAGCUUCUCAAGGCGGCCAAGGCAUCCAUCUCCUCGUACAGCGAGCUGCACCGCAAGCGGCGGCUCAACUACUCGUGGAUCACGCUGCACGGUGUCUUCAUCGCGGGCCUGGCGUACAUCUACAGUGUGGGGCGGGCGCUGCGGGAUCCACUGCACCAGGACAUGGUUCCCGAUUUCCUGAGCAUCAUCGAAGUCACGCGCGCCUGCUCCAACGUGCUGUUCGCCAUCUCCGAGAGGUGGAACGUCUCGAGACGGUCGUGCGAGCUCUUUAACAAGCUUAGCAAUGCCGUCAUCAAGGACGCGCUUAACGCUGCGACCAAGCAGACGGCAACUACCGGAGCGCAGAUGCAGACGCAGAUGCAAGGGAGUUCCGCGCCUCUAGGCCUGGGGGGUGGUUCGAUGGCGGAUGGUGGUGUGCAGCAGCCGAACGUGGAGCCGCCGCCGUAUGCGCCCUCGUCGCUAGAGGAGGGCUUACUAGGCGACGUGCCGCACCUGGAUGAUACCCUGGUCAUGGACGAGUUUCGCCAGUUUUUCGACAUCGCCCGCCAGAGAGAAGGAUCGUUCCCGAGUGAGUUAGUGUCCGGGUUCUCACAGGACUGGCCCUUCGAUUUCCCAUUUGGGGCAGAGGGUGAGUUUGAUGCGUCGAUGCAGGAUAUGGGCUCCACGUGGAAGCAGGGGGAGUUCCAGAUUUGA